AUGCAACGAGACAAAGAGGCAGUAUACAGUCUGUUUUCUAUGAACAAGUUCCAUUAUUUGAAUGUGCCCAGAGUUGGAAUAUUUUUGGUGUACAACUAUUUUGAAUGUGCCUUUAAAUGCCUUCAACAUCCUUCAUGUUUCUCUGUGAACCUUGCUACUAAAGGGAAACUAUGGUGCGAGUUACUGUCAUCUGAUAAGUACAGCGACCCCAAGGAAUUCAGACAAGACAAAAGUUGGCAUUACUUUUACAUUGUGGUAAGAAUUGGUUUCCCUCUCGUUUGAUAUCAGCCGGCAUUUUAAUGGAGAAAUGCCAUGUAUAAAGCAAAAUAGUUCCGAAGAAGUGAAAUGAUAGCUUCUCUGAUGUGUAAUUACAUGAUCAUUUCUUCCAGACAUUUCCUUGCUUCUAGAUAGAACUGUUGUCCAAGUAUAAUUUUUUUUUCGGUUUUUUUCCUCUUAUUCAUAAUCCGUUUGCAAUUUUAAUUGGUCAUUUAUUUAACUAUUUAUCUAAUGCUCAGUUAAUGAUUUAUUCACUUAUUUUUCUUAUUUACCCUCGUCAACUGUGGCUUACCUGUUCAGAAAUAGGGCUUUUUGAAACUAAUACUCAUUGCAUUACUGUGUCAUAAAAAAAUAUCGCAAGAACAAUAUAGGUGUUCCCUUAAUUAUACGUACUUCGCACAGUGUAUGGAGCUCACUGUGUUAUACUUUCGAUGAUUCUUUAAUUUUUUAUCUUUGUUUCGCGAGAACACUUCAACUGAAAAUCAUUGCAAGAACAAAGACCCCUAUCAAAAUGAUGGUACCCACACAGCUAACUGUUCUCUGUAUCCUGCUGCAUUUGUGGGUUUGAGGAACUCAACAGGUAAUCGUUAAACCUUUUUGUCGAUUUCUUGAGACCUUCGAUUCAGCAGAAAAAAACAAAGGUCUUAUGGACAAGGGCUCCUUUAAAGGUGUUUCUGUGUCACUUACACUAUCACUCUGACCAAGUAAAAAUAAACAAAAAAAUUAACUUAUUGAAAUAGAUAUUGAAAGGUAAACUUGUCGAUAUAAUGCGGGCUGCAGGCUGACUCACGAAUUCAUCUCUUUCAAUGCUCUUUGUUGCUGUUGUUUUUGCUUUAAUUCGUUUCGUUGCUUAUUCUGUUCUUAUUUGUUUGUUUGUUUGUUUUUUAUUUUUGUUCGGUUUUUUGCCUGUUUUGCGUUUUCAGACAUUGAUGAGUGUGUCGAAGGUUCACACAACUGCAGUCCUAAUGCCUUUUGCAACAAAACCAAGGAGUCGCACAACUGUAAAUGUAAACCUGGAUAUAUUGGGAAUGGGCGAGAGUGCAAAGGUAAUCGUAACUACGCGCACAAUUAAGAAGAGAGAGUCUUCUACGGAGGUAAUGUCACCUCCUAAUUUUGGGCUGUUUAACUCAAAAAAAAAUAAGAGGCAAUCAAAUUAAUUCGAACUACUUUGAGAUAAAAGUAAAUAGCAAACUGCAAGCAAACUGUUCUCGGAUGACAGCACCACUACUUUAGGGGAUUGAAAAUAAACGAAUAAAUGAAAGCGGAUAACAAAUUUCGCGAAAAUAAAUCAAUUAAAAAAGCUGAAUACAUGAAGAAUAUUAUGAAUAACAAGGCGACUCCUUUACCUAACUUUUAUGGAAGGGCUUGAAGUAUACAGCCAUGUAUAAAGUAAAAAAUAAAUCGUUCCAGGCUGGAAACCGAAGACUGAAACUGCGAUAUUACGAAGAAAAUGUGUAAACAAAAGAUUAAGAUUUUACAGAAAGGAACCCAACUGUUCCUCCUCUAAAUCGAAUGUAUCUUUCAACUAUUUUUAGGGGUUACAUCGUGUAACGAGAUCCAUGAAAAUGGCAUGUAAGUAAAAACGGUUGAUCAGAUUUAGUCAUCACCUUACUUCAAAUAUUUCACUCUUUUGCGUUUGGUUGUAACCCAUUAAGUUAUGGAAUAGGCUCAAAUGUUUAGUACUCGCUUCCACUGAAAUGAAAUUCUUCCUUUUGAAGUUGGUUUAAGCCGAGAGGUAGAUUUCCUUUUUGUAACGUAAGCAGAUACAAAACUUCUUCACCCUUCAAAAGCUUUUUGCUUCGUGGAGAAGGUACCCGAGCAUAUUCUGGUGUCAAGCGGAGGUCGAUUUAUGCAACACUUCCUAAUUAUUGAUGACGUAUUUGGUUAAAUAAUACACGUUCACCUAUCGACCACACACUACAAAAUAAUAGAUCUGUCUACUUGUUCAUGUGUUUUCAUUACCAUUUUUUAUCCAUUUAUUUAUCCAUUCAUCGUAAAUAACUAUAUACCAUUACCAUUGUCAUCUCGAUCAUAGUCAGAAUCACAUUGUGUGUCACUAUGAUCAUGAAGUCAUCAUCAUGAUUAUUAUUUUAUCAUUUUUUUAAUCGUAAUGAUAAUAAUUGAUUAUUGUUUCUAACAAAAUUAUAUCUAUGACUGUCAUAUCUGUUAUUGUUUCUCAUAAAAUAGCGCCGAUAUUAGUAGUGUGGUUACCGUUCUUGUUGACUCUAAACCAGUCUCUGUUCUCUGUCACAUGGGUGAUUUUGGAUGUGGAGAUGGUGGAUGGACGCCGGUUCUGAAGAUUGACGGCCGUAAGGUGCAUAUUCAAAAACUUGAUUUCUUAAAAUAUUUAUAUAUUUGGUACCCCUAAAGUGGUCAAGAUAGUUUCGAACAUGAUCGAAAUGUGAAAUCUCUAUACCAGCGAAAAAUAAAAUAGCUCGGGAUUGAUUGUUCGAUUGUUGGAAUAUUUCCAAUAUUAGAGAGUGCCUAGCUUCUGUGCACGUAAAGACGUUCAAUCUGAUCAAUUUUAUGUUUAACAUAAUUUUUUUUGCGUGAAAAAAAAAAAGAAACACAGUUUCCCUAUGUAAUAUUCUCAUACACCGUCAAAGCAGAUUGGAAAUUAUCAAUUUAUCUAAGAAAUUCUGAUCUCACAAAACUUUUAUGAUCCAUUUGAUACUGUGUAGCAAGCUGAAAUAAAAAUGCCACUGAUAACGACACUUUACUCCUUAACAGAAAAAAAAUCGAUAGCAUCUUGCGCAAUCGACAUGCUAAGCAUGUUGCGUAGCGACAAGCUGUCUUUUUGACGUGCGAACUAGAUGUAAAUUGCUUGAUGUAUCAAACGUUCUUGGAGAAAUAAACAGAUGACUUGUUUUUUACCACAGGCAACCUUUCGUUAUAGUUCCCCUUACUGGAGUGAUUAUGAGGAAUUUAACCAAGUAGGAGGCAAGACUGGUUUUGACGAGCAGGAAUCAAAGCUACCUACCUACUGGAACACGUCUUUCACCAAGAUCUGUCUCGGUAUGAAGAUCGAACAACAGCUCAGGUUCACUGUCAUCAACAAAGAGGGUGACUCUCUGCACUCUCUGAUUGCUGACGGAGAAUUCCGUGCCAUUCCUUUGGGUCGUCAAACAUGGAAGUCACUGAUUGGUUCAAGGGCCUCUUUGCAACUCAACUGCAACAAGGAAGGGUUUAAUGCAGGUGGUGGCACUGCCAGAUAUUCCAAAGCAAGGAUUGGUAUUGUUGGCAACUUUGAAAACGAAUGCAACUCAUGUAACUCAAGGAUUGGAUUUGGUUCGGAAGGUAGACCUGAUGACUCGAACACUUGCGGAAACGAGGCGAACCCGAGGGGUCCAGAUAAUGGAGAGAAGCAUAUCAAAGCCAUGGGAUAUAUCUUUGUGCAGUGAAAGAAAAAAAAAACGAUUUAAAAGAUAACAAUAAGUUUAACCCAUGCAAUUUUUGAGGAAUACGUGGUACGUAUCACGACACAUUCCAAACUGAGAUCCAAGAUGCAUGAAAGGACAUCUAUUUUUAAUGAUCCGGG